AUGUUGGGCUUCAUCAUCAUGAGAUUCACUUUUUCGGGCGUAUUUGAGCCUGAUGCACUGGGAUAUUUGAACGUGGCUCUAAGUUAUAAUCGGCCAACAUCUUCACUUGUGGUAACAAUACUGUCGGCCAGAGGCCUUUCUCACCGCCAAUAUUACAACACUGUAUUCUUUCCUAAUCCAUUCGUCAAAGUAUACCUGCUACCGGGUAGAAAAGUUUCAAGUAAGCGUCGAACUAAGUUUAUGCCGAAUACCUCGGAUCCGGUCUGGAAUCAAACGGUAGAAUACACGGUGCCUUUAUGUGAACUAUACAGUCAUUAUCUGGAAUUCACUGUUUGGGAUUACAAUAAAUUCAGUGAAAACAACUCACUUGGACAAGUUGUUAUCAAUCUCUCCGAACCGCACAUUCUGGAUGGUACAGCUCGAUGGUACCAGCUGCAAGCAAUUCACAACAAUUUCGUCAGCUUGCCUGGUCCGCAGUUUCAGUCAACGAUUUCUUCUGAAACUGAUUAUGCAGUACCUCGUUACAAUCCGCGUGCGUAA